CUGGCCUCUCCCCAGUACCAGCCUCUGCUCCAUCUCAGCCAGACAUGUCCAGCCUCCAGGCACUAUGCUCCGGCCUGCCCCUGCGGCCCCUCCCAGAGAACCGGGGACGCUGGGCUGGGGUGCCCCACGCCCCAGUCAGGACUCCCGGCUGCAGCCCUGCAGAGGAGCAGCUGGCGCUGAGGAAUGCUCUUCGCUACUUUCCCGGGGACAUCCAGGAGCUGCUGGCCCCUGAGUUCGCCCAAGAGCUGCGUCUGUAUGGGCACAUCUACAUGUACCGGUUCUGCCCCAACAUUGAAAUGAGGGCCUACCCCAUUGAGCAGUACCCGUGCCGGACCAAGGCGGCUGCAGCCAUCAUGCAUAUGAUCAUGAACAACCUGGACCCGGCGGUGGCUCAGUUUCCCCAGGAGCUCGUGACCUAUGGAGGAAAUGGGCAGGUGUUCAACAACUGGGCUCAGUUCUGGCUAGUCAUGUCCUACUUGGCACAGAUGACAGAGGAGCAAACUUUGGUCAUGUACAGUGGACACCCUCUGGGCCUCUUCCCUAGCAAGCCUGACGCCCCGCGACUGGUCAUCACUAACGGAAUGGUCAUUCCCAACUACUCCUCCAGGGCAGCGUAUGAGAAGCUCUUUGCCUUAGGGGUCACAAUGUAUGGUCAGAUGACAGCAGGCAGCUACUGCUACAUUGGCCCCCAAGGAAUUGUCCAUGGCACAGUGCUCACCCUGCUGAACGCCGGGCGCCGGUACCUGGGCAUCGAGGACUUGGCUGGGAAGGUCUUUGUCACCUCUGGACUCGGUGGAAUGAGUGGGGCCCAGGCCAAGGCUGCAGUCAUCGUGGGGUGCAUUGGGGUGAUAGCAGAGGUGGAUAAAGCAGCCCUUGAGAAGCGCCACAAACAAGGCUGGCUGAUGGAGGUGACUGACAGCCUGGACCACUGCAUCCAGAGGCUCAGGGAAGCAAGGAAAAAGAAGGAGGUGCUCAGCCUUGGCUACCAUGGCAACGUGGUGCAUCUUUGGGAGCGCCUGGUACAUGAGCUGGAUACAACAGGGGAGCUCCUUGUGGACCUCGGGUCAGAUCAGACAUCCUGUCACAACCCCUUCAAUGGUGGCUACUACCCUGUGCAGCUUGGCUUCUUGGAGGCCCAGAACCUCCUGGCCUCCAACCCCGAAGCAUUCAAGGGCCUGGUGCAGGAGAGCCUGAGGAGGCAGGUCUCAGCCAUCAACAGGCUGGCUCAGGAGAACUUCUUCUUUUGGGACUACGGCAACGCCUUCCUCUUGGAGGCCCAGCGAGCAGGAGCUGAUGUGGAGAAGAAAGGGGUCAAUAAGACAGAAUCUCGCUACCCCUCGUAUGUCCAGCACAUUAUGGGGGACAUCUUCUCCCUGGGAUUUGGGCCUUUCCGCUGGGUGUGCACGUCGGGGGACCCCCAGGACCUGGCUGUCACAGACCAGCUGGCCACGUCUGUGCUGGAGGAGGCCAUUGCUGGUGGAGUGAACUCGUCUAUAAAGCUGCAGUAUAUGGACAACAUCCGCUGGAUCCGUGAGGCUGCCCAGCACCAACUGGUGGUGGGCUCGCAGGCGAGGAUCCUGUACUCUGACCAGAAGGGCCGUGUAGCCAUUGCUGUGGCCAUCAACCAUGCGAUUGCCCAAGGGAAGAUCAAGGCACCGGUGGUCCUGAGCCGAGACCACCAUGAUGUGAGUGGCACAGACAGCCCUUUUAGGGAGACUUCGAACAUUUACGACGGCUCUGCCUUCUGUGCAGACAUGGCUGUGCAGAACUUCGUGGGAGAUGCCUUUCGAGGAGCCACCUGGGUAGCACUUCACAACGGAGGGGGCGUGGGCUGGGGUGAGGUGAUCAAUGGGGGGUUUGGCCUUGUGCUGGACGGGACCAAAGAAGCUGAGCAGAGAGCCAAGGCGAUGCUCAGCUGGGAUGUCUCCAAUGGGGUGGCCCGGCGCUGCUGGUCUGGAAAUCGGAAGGCCUACGAGAUCAUCUGCCAGACGAUGCAAGAGAACAAGGGCUUGGUGGUGACACUCCCACAUGAGGUGGCGGAUGAGUGCCUGCUCCAGAAGGCCCUGCAGCCCCAAGUAGCCUGAGAGCUGGCCGUGGCCUUCAGUCAC